GCUCAAGCCACUGACAGCCCCAAGCCGAGAAAGAAAGUGAGAGAGACAUGGCUUUGCGCGUGGCGUUCCUUGUGGCCUGCGCCUGGCCAGUGGCCGAGGCUGGCACGGGUGCGACGAAUCGCAGCCUGGCGCAGAGCAACGCAUCCGUGGGCGGCUGCGGCAACCUCGGCUGCUCCAGCUGCGGGCGCUGCUUCAACGCCGGCAGCCGCGGCGGGGCCACCUGCCGGGGGCCAGGCGGCUCCACGGGGUACAACUGCCCCGCGGAGGCCUCCUCGGUGAACGGGAUCCUGGGGGCCUACGCCUGCAUGGACUGGACCUUCGGCAGCAGCGCGCUGCGGGGUGCGGAGGCGGACUUCCGGGGCCAGGCAGGCCAAGACGUCUACUUCGGUGUAGGCACCUAUGGCACCUCCUCGGACCCCCAGCGAGGCCUCGGCGCCUGCUACCGCAUGAAGGUGGAAGGCGUGGACAAGGACAUCAUCGCCCAGUCCAUCAACACAGGAUGGGACGUGCAUGGCAACCAGUUCGAUUUGCAGAUCGGCGCGGGUGGCACGGGCGCCUUCAACCAAUGUGCCGGCGGCAGCGGCAGCAUGUUCGCCGGAGGCAAAGGCUCCUGGGGCUGCACCUACGGCGGGGUGGACACCAUGGCCCAGUGCCGCCAGCUGCCGUCCGCGCCCCAGCGCUCGCAGCCCAUGCGCCAAGCCGGGGACUCCUUGGUGGAGCUCUGCGAGUACUCCUUCCGGAAGAACGUCCGGCUCUCCGGCGCCGACCGCCCGGCCGGAGCCUGCAAGUACAACCCCACCAUCCUGGACUUGUCCCGGGUGAUGCUCGCCUUAAGAGGUCAGAAGUGCGAGUCUGAGAACCCGGGAGCGAGCUUGUCCUACUGCCUGACCCGCAUGAUGGAUUGCCGCAAGCCCUCCGGGGCCUUCAAGGACAACCUGCGCCCGGAGCUCAUGGCCCCUGGGAAGAAGGUGCUGCAGACCUGCACCAGCGACGGCUACACCCGAAUCGAUGUCUCCUGUGGCUGCAGUGGCUGCAUGUGCUGAUGUGCAUGUGCCGGCAUGAGCUUGCCAGCCAAGCAGGCCAGAAGGAGUUUGAGGCUGGCACUAGCUACAUACUACGCGAACCGACGUGUGCAUGAAUUCGUUGCCAGGAAUGUCUCACGACAACCUGAGAAUCCCUGCAAGUUUUUCAUGGCGGCCACUGUUUGCAGUCAAGAGGUGUACUGCAGCAGAGGUUCUCGUCCGAGCAAUUUUGUCAUAUUUCUGCGGAGAGCUUUCGUGGAAGUUGGCCCUUUGCAGGCUGUCCCGGCAGCCUGCGGCCAAUUUCCCAGUGUUAGGAAUUUUAGGUGCCAACCUGUGAGUCCUCAACUGCUACAGAAGGUGGCAAGAAGCAACGCCG